AUGACAAACAAGUGGUGUAAGGACCAAAAUGGAAUUAACCUUGUUAAAGAAGAACACUCGAUUUUAUGCACAGGGCUGUAUUCAAGGUACCAUGCUAUUCACAACUAUCAUUUCCUUUGUUUGAUUUCCCGAUUUGCAACAACACGAUUGCAAGUAUUUGUCACGACAACCUUGACUUGGGAAUUGCUGCACUCCACCAACGGAUUCAUCAUCAUUCUCUUCAACAAACCUCUUCGAGAAAAAUUCUUCAAAAUGAGGAGACUGAAGAGCUUUGCCCCAUCUAUCAAAAAAGUGCAAGCAUCAACUGUCACAACAUAA